GACCAGGGCUCAUAUGCUCUGUUCCCACUGCCUGGACUCUAUCCAGACCCAGUGGGUCUCUACUGGGAGCUGAGCUGCCCUGCCAUGGCAAAGAACACAAAUAUGCGUUGGCGGCUGCCUCUCAUCUGCCUCCUCUGGGAGGUUGCUAUGAUUAUCCUUUUUGGGGUGUUUGUGCGCUUCACUCCAGAAGCCAGUGCACGCUGGGAGGAGGAGGAGAAGAAACAAAAUAACAUCACCAGCGACAUAGAGAAUGAUUUCUACUACAGGUAUCCAUCUUUCCAGGAUGUCCACGUGAUGAUCUUUAUUGGUUUCGGCUUCCUAAUGACAUUCCUUCAGCGCUAUGGCUUUGGAGCUGUUGGGUUCAACUUCCUCCUGGCCUCGUUUGGGAUCCAGUGGGCAAUCCUGAUGCAGGGCUGGUUCCAUUCUUUCAAGGAUGGAAAGAUACUCAUCGGAGUAGAAAACCUGAUCAAUGCAGAUUUCUGUGUGGGUUCUGUCUGCGUUGCCUUUGGGGCCAUCCUGGGCAAGAGCAGCCCCGUGCAGCUGCUCAUUAUGACUUUGUUUCAAGUGACUCUCUUUUCUGUGAACGAGUACAUCCUCCUCAACUUGCUUCACGUUAUAGAUGCUGGAGGAUCCAUGACCAUUCAUACCUUCGGGGCUUAUUUUGGGCUGACUGUCACCAGAAUUCUGUACCGACCCAACCUGGAACAGAGCAAAGACAAGCAGGGCUCUGUGUACCACUCAGACAUCUUCGCUAUGAUUGGUACCAUUUUCUUGUGGAUGUACUGGCCCAGUUUUAACUCAGCUGUUUCCAAUCAUGGGGAUGCACAGCACAGAGCUGCCAUUAACACCUACUGCUCCCUGGCAGCCUGUGUCCUCACCACAGUGGCCUUCUCCAGCAUGCUAGAGAAGAAAGGCAAACUUGACAUGGUUCAUAUCCAGAAUGCAACACUGGCCGGUGGCGUAGCAGUGGGCACCAGUGCUGAGAUGAUGCUGCCUCCAUAUGGUUCCCUCAUCGUUGGAUUCAUCUGUGGCAUCGUGUCCACCGUCGGGUAUGUCUACCUCACGCCAUUCCUGGAGUCCAGGCUGCAUAUCCAGGACACCUGUGGCAUCCACAACCUGCAUGGCAUGCCAGGGAUUAUUGGGGGCAUUGUGGGAGCCAUCACUGCAGCUGCAGCCACUAAGAGGGUAUACGGAUCAGAAGGGCUCGUCAAAACCUUUGACUUCACUGGUGACUACGCGAAUCGGACACCCAUGGUGCAAGGAGGGUACCAGGCAGCUGGCAUCUUUGUGUCUCUGGCCAUAGCCUUUGCUGGGGGGUCCAUUGUGGGGGGCAUCCUGAAACUGCCAAUCUGGGGAGACGCGGCAGAUGAGAACUGCUUUGAGGAUGACGUUUACUGGGAGGUGCCUGAGGAUGAGGAGAGCGGCUUAUACCACAUGCAUGAUCCCACCCUCAAGCCGGCAUCUCCCUAGCCUGCCUGGGUGUCAUAUGGACUCCUUGGUCUCCAGAGAGGUGAUGUGAUCGGCGGCUUCCUGGAAAGUGGGGUGCUGGCAGCAGCCCCAGCUCAAGGAAUACUCCGUGGGAGUCUCAAAGGGCUUCAUAUUUUUUUUACUUUGGUCCCAUCCUAGGUGGGAGAGUGUGGGAUAGACCUGUUCACAUGGAGCAGUGCACUCGGCUAUUAUCAUGGCUUACCUGAGAGCAAGGAACCAGAGGUUUGAAACAGACGCUGGGUGCAUCUUUCUUAGCACUGGGGUCGGGGUGGAAGGCCAGGGGCAGCAAACAAGGGAGAUUUUAGCAGCAGACGGUGUGUCUAUAUUGUGUGUCUGCUAGUUGGGAGCUGGCUGGCUCCCCUGCAUUUGAAGCUUUCCAGACUCACUCUGAACAGUUAGCCAGAUCCUAUGUCUCCACUGAUGCUGGCAGUGGGGUGUUAUGGAGGGAAGUGCUUAAUAAUGCUGGAUCUGAUUCGGGGCUAAGAGAAAGCCUUUCACUGCAGCUGGUGAGAAGGUGAUCAUCCUUUGCACAUACCUGGUGCUUUAUUAAUACACCAAUGCCCCUGAAGCUGGGAAAGCAGCAUAACCCCCAUUCUGCAGACAGCAAAAACUAAGAUAUGUGAUGUGCUCCAAGGAUGCAAGUCCGGGUGCCUAGUUCUGUGCUCUGUUCCUUUGCUAUGCUGCUUCAGCAGGAAUGGUUGAGUUCUCACCCUAGUGACCAGGACCUAGAGUGUGGCUGCCCUUCUCUCUCCAAGUUCUUUUUUCUUGGAGAUAUGAAUAAAACAAGUCAAUACUA